GUUCGCUAUUCUCGCUGUCUCUCUGUUGUAUCGCUUUUAGCUGUGGGCUGGCUUGGUUGGCGUCGCUGGUUGGUGUGUGUCAUAUCGAGCAAAAAGAGUCGGACUUGAAACCAUUCUGAAACAGUCGCUCUUCUCCCACAUUCUCUUCGUGUCGCUCCUUCCUUGUCGCUCGACGGCGUUGCGCAUUCGACAAGCCCCAUUUUGAAAAAUAUCGUUUCUUGGCACGACAACAACAACAAAAACAACAACAACUGUCGUCCUGCUCUUGAACUUCCGAAGCAAGACACCCUUCGUCAUCGUUUCACAGCUUGUUCGCUCCUCGAGCACAACGCAGCAACCACAACGCAACAACGCAUCUUGUUUUUAAAACAACAACAACAACAACAACAACAACAAAAACAAAUCAAUAAAAAAAUUCAUCAUCGACGAUGGCAGCGAUUGCAGUAGUGACAAAGCCGAGCAGCAGCAGCCACAACCGCAACGGCGAAACGGGCGGCGUCGUGCUGCACCCGCACGAGCACCCGCUCUCGCACUACCACGGAAUGCAUCUCCAUGGGUCUGCACAACUCGAGGCACAGGCGCAGGCGCAUACGCAGUCGUCCGACAGCAAGAACGACUGCCUGCUGAGCCAGCUUCUUACGUCGGCUGCCCGAUCGUCGGCAACGUCGCUCCUUUUGGCAGCCGCCACCACAACCGCAGCCGCCGCCACAACAGCCGCCACAGCAGCCUCGCUCUCGCUGGCAUUCGACCCAGACACUGCCGCCGACCUCCUGUGCACUGCUGCACGCCAUGGCGACAUUGCCAAGCUCAAGUGGGGCCUCACGCAGCAGGUCCCGCAGAUUGCAUUCGCAGUCGCAUUAGCGGGCAGCGGCGCUGGGACACCAGCACAAGCAUCACAACAGCCAACAGCGCCAGUCACCCACUUUAUUCAUUUUGGCGUCGCAUCUGCGUCGGUCUCGCCGUCCAUCGCAGGCGCGGGGGACGUCGUCACAACGCUGCUUGCGCGAAUGCUGCUGGUCGCCGCGAACAGCGGACAGCUCGCCAUUGUCCAGUUCCUGCUCUCAGUCGCCAAGACGCUCGGCUGUGACAUUGCCAACGACGCACCACCGAGUGCCACCCAAGUCACGUCUACUGCAUGCAGCAGCUCGGCAGGGUCGCGAUCGGCGCUCUACCUGGCCUGCGCCGGUGGACACAAGCAGGUCGUGGCCGAGUUGCUGAGCGCAGGUGCCAAACCAAACACUGCUGCCUCGACAAGCCAGCGCUGGACACCCCUGCAUGUGUGUGCGUUCGAAGGGCGCCUCGCUUGCGCAGAGCUGCUGCUCGCACACCCCGACACUCUUGUCGACGCGACAGAUAAAUCCGGCUGGACACCGCUGCACUGGGCUGCCUUCCUCAACCAGCAGUCCCUCGCCGCGCUGCUUCUCGCCCACAAGGCCUCUCCUGCCGCUGUGAACGCCGAUGGCGAUACUCCGUUGCACAAGACCGCUACGCAUGCCUCUACUGCCAUCUCAUCGCUUCUGCUGGCGCGUGGCGCAUCCCUCGAUGUUUACAACAACCAGGGACUCGUGCCCCUGCACAUUGCCGCACGUGCCGGCCGCGCUCUGCAAAUUGCCCUGUUCUGCAAGCACGGGCUCAAUCCCGAUGCUCGAGUCCGGCUCUGAACAACAAACAAACAAAAAAAAGUCCAGCAACAAGCACAACAACCCCAACACAUCCAGCGAUUUUCGAUUUUCGGUUUACUACAGUACUUUUUAGAUUGCGAUUGUAACUUCUCUGCGCUCUGUACAUACUUUGCCACUUCUCCCUUUCUGUACAUGUAUCUCUCCCUCUCUCUUUUUGGAUAAAUCGACUUGUAACCUAAG